AUGAAUGUAGUAGUAUGUUGUUGUGGGUAUGCAGCUUGCACUUGCUGGAGAAUGCCAGUCUCAUGAGGAAGAAUAUUGGAAAGCUGUUUGGCCCAACACUCCCAUUCCCAGUUCUUUGCGUGAACUCCUAAAGCCUGCCUCCGAGGGUGUUGAAAUUGACGACCUUCCCAUGGAAAUUGACGACACACAAUAUCCAAAAACAUUUUUCUUUGAACAUGAACUUUAUCCAGGCAAAUCAAUGAACGUUCAAUUCAGCAAGCGUCCUUAUGCACAACCUUAUGGUGUUUAUGCCUACAUGCGUGACAUUAAAGACGUUGAAAAAGAGGGAUACACAUAUAAUGAAGUAUGUGUAAAAAAAGGACCUUCCAAAGGAGAACAAAAAUUUUGUGCAAAAUCAUUAGGAACAUUAAUUGGGUUUGCAAUUUCAAAACUUGGAAACAACAUUCAAGCACUCUCAAGUUCUUUCAUAGAUAAAAACGAACAAUACAUUGUAGAGUCGGUCCAAAAUCUUGGAGACAGAGCAGUGAUGUGUCAUAGAUUGAAUUUCCAUAAAGUUGUAUUUUAUUGCCACGAAAUUCAUGCAACUACGGCUUUCAUGGUUCCAUUGGUAGCAAGUGAUGGAACAAAAACUCAUGCACUUGCGGUUUGUCAUGCCGAUACUUCGGGUAUGAAUCAACAUAUGCUUCAUCAAAUUAUGAAUGCUGAUCCUGGUACUAAUCCUAUUUGUCAUUUCCUUGGAAAUAAGGCAAUUUUAUGGGUGCCCAAUUUGGUUGUGGACAAUGCUUAUAGUACUAAUGAUGUUGUUUAGUACUUUUGUCCUACAUAGACUGAGAUUGUGUACCAUAAAUAAAUUUUAUGUUUGUAACAUUUCUAGCUAUAGCUAGAAUAUGGAUGAACUUAAUUGAGGUACUUUUGUGUGUUGUGUAGUACCUCAAAGAGGCACGAUCGAUCUCGUUGUUGAUGUACUUUGAUGAUCAUGUUAUUAUAUUAUAAUGGAAAUGUAGUGUGUCUUAUUGUAGAUUAA